UUCAUUUGAUGAAGAUCUGGGUUAGAAUAUUAGUGAAAAACUCAUUUAAAGGAAGGAGAGAAGAAAUUAUGAGAGAGAAGAGAGAAAAAAUUAUGAGAGAGAAAGUGGAGGUAAGAAAACAUGUGACGGUGGCUGGUGGGUAGGGAAAUAAAUAUUAGGGUUUUAUUCUUUAGGUAGUACAUAUAUAUCUCAUACGGAGUACAAUUUGGAUCUGGCCCAAAAACAAAACAUGUUUUAAUUUUUUUCGGGUCAAUUCGGGUUACUUUCGGGUUGAAUUUCUCAACCUUAACCUAACCCAUUUAAAUAUCAGGUCGGGUUCGUGUCAACCCAUUUAAGUUUUCGUGUCAAAAACCUCAACCCUAACCCGAUAUUUUCAGGUCGGGUUCAGGUCGUGUUUUCGGGUCGGGUCAGUUUUUGCCAGCCCUAAUGGUCGCCUAUCUACUCUCCUCUAAGGAAUCGUGGGUUCUCACUUCUCAAUUUUAGUUUCAUUUUUUUGGAUAAGUUUUUCAAUGUCUUCCUCCAAGUUUUGUAUUUUUUGAAGGGGUGGGCUUCAAUUUGUUACGGGGGACGAAAAACUGAUAAGUAUAGUGGUAGUAGUUUCCAUAAAAUAAAUCAUGCAAAUAUAGUAUUUCAUGCACACACAUUUAAAUAUGUGAUUUUUCCAGGGAGACAUGAAAGCCAGAAGAGAAGAGUAACGGACAGAAAGCCAGAAAGACGGAAGAAAAGAAAACUGAACUCUGAAAAGUGAAACCUAACUUUCCUCUUUCCUCACUCUUCGAAGUUCGAAAAUCCUCUGCCAGUCCGCCGCUCUCGCUCUUCGGCUCCACUCCCGGCACUCCGUCCCUCCGUCCGUCGAGUCGCCGCCGUCGCUGCUUCGUGAGUCACUGCUUCGUCCGGACUCGCUGCUCUCCAUUCGACUUCGCUCACUUAGCUAAAUCGCUAGACCUAAUUCACGGUUCUAUAGGUAAUAUAGAAGAUGGCAAAUCAUAACAUUGUUCUGUUUCUGCUGAUUUUUCUUUCAUUUUCUCCAACAAGUCAGUCAUGGGGUUGGUUCUCAUCUUCUGCACACGCCCAUUCAAGUGAAAACCAAUCAGGAAAUAAGGAUAUUAUGUCCAAAAGUUUGGUUGCUGAGUUUUCUGUUGAUGCCCUUGAUAAUCCAAAAGCUGCUGAAUUGCUUGAAAAUGCCAGGAGAAAGUUGGGAGGGACAAAUCCUUGUUGGUUCAGAGCAUACCAAGAUUUAUUUUCGACUUGUUCUGAAAUAUUUGCUGCAGAAGAAAAGAGAAAAAGGCUUGCUUGGCAUCUGAGUGAUUGUUUUCAGAAGGAUACAGGGAGGACUCCCUUCCCAUCUUGUGCCAGAAAAUUUGCCAUGGUUGAUUGUUUAAGGAAGUUGAAUAAUGAUGAUCAUAAGACUUACCUUGAAUUUUACCUUCAGACAAAUUCCAUUUGCCAUCAGUUACAGUCGAAGGCUUUCAAGUCUCAGCUAGAAGGUUUAGUGAAUGACGUGAAAGAUUCAGCACUGGUUGCAGAAGACAAAUUGAAGAUCAUUGAAGAAAAAUCGUAUAAUCUUCUGCAUAGUUCGAAUGGAAUACAUGAAUCUAUAACAUCGAUUGAUGCACAAACUCAAGUUGUUGGGGAGACUUUGAAGAAAAUGUUUGGAUACUUGGGUGUUGUUUUGAAUCACUCGAAAGAGCUCAACGAGACAGCUAAGGGAAUUGCAAUGUCUCAGUUAGAGUUGCUAGAGGGACAUGUACGAAUGAAAGACAAAUUGGAGGAAGAUAUGUUGAAAAUUCAAGAAUCUUAUCAGAAUUUAGGUGAAGAAAUACUUGGUUUACAGAAGAAGACUGUUGAUGUCAAGCAGGAGGUGAACAAAGUUGGAGAAGCAAUGUCAUCAAAGAUGCAGAAUCUCCAAGGAAAAACUGAUGAUAUUACUAAAAUGGCCAAAAUUUCUGUAGACAAACAACAAGAGCUUCUUCAAGGUCAAUCGAUUGCUCUCGAGGGUCUUAAGUCUCUCACUACUUUUUUGUCUCAAGCACUUCAAGAGAGCAGGGUUUCUUUGGAACAACUAGUGGACUUCGCAAAUGGGCAACACCUAGAACUAUUGAAGCAACAGCCACAACUUCUGCUAGCUAAUGAUCACUUGGCUAACAACUCAAAAUCCAUAUUAGCAGCUCAGGAAGCAUUUGAGUCGAAACAAGCAAGCAUGUUUGCUGCCAUUGAUAAACUCUUUGCCUUGCACAAUGCCAUGUUGCUCGAGUCAAGGGUUAUCAAAGCUUUUUUUGUGUACUCCAUCUUAGUCCUUGUUCUCUACAUGCUGACAAGCACGAAGCAAACUUAUGGUGUGAGAUGUAGACUUUAUAUAGGAUUGUGCAUUGCAUUCGCAAUAGAAUGUGUAAUACUGCGUUUUACAUCCAAUGAGAUUGAACAACACAUAUACCUAAGGACUGCUGUGAAGCCACUUUUUGGAAUCUAUGCUGUCAUUCAACUUCUGUACACCAUCUUUACAUUUAGGGAUUAUGAAACGUUGAACUAUAAUAUGUUGGUCUCCCUCCUGGACAAGGUAAACGGGAUGAAGAAAGGAGAUGAUUUAUCAUGGGAUGACAAUAAUGACGAUGUGGAUAGUGAAGUUGACUGGAUAUCUUGGGUAGAGGCUGAGUUCCCUGAAGACAUAAGUGUUAUGGAAGACCCAGAUUAUAUGCUACCAAUUGCAGGUGAGGAAAUGGGAGAGAACUCUGUUGCUAUAAGCACAGAAAGAAGAUAUAAUCUUCGUUAUCGACGAUAAGCAUUUUUGACUAAGAAGAUAUGGUUAUGGACACAUAACCUCAGCAUAUACAUAGAAAUUUUGUUUUCAUAAUGUCAUUAUAUAGGUAGAAAUGAAUACAUACAUAGUUUUAGAGGUAAAAUUUUACUUUGAUCUGUAGUAAUAAUGUGGUGUGAGGGACAGAGGUAGCCCAACUAUGGUUUUCUACACGUAUUGUAAAACUGUGACUUAUCCUAAAUCAUGAGGGAUAGAACAAUAUGACAACUAUUUUCGUAACGAAAAUCAAUUAUUUAUGUAACGAAAAUUAUUUAUGAUAUCA